AUGGCCGGGGGCCGCCUCUCCCGGGCCCGCAUCCCAGCGGUCGCCGUGUGGCUUCUCUGCGCGCUCGCCCUCCGGGGCGCCGAGGCCGGGCCGCCGCCGGUGACCCCCGGUCUGCUCACGGCCGACGGCUGCCUGAACCGCUUUACCCCCGGGGUGCCUGAUUUCGUGCUCGACACGGACGCCUCGGUCAGAAACGGGGCCACCUUCCUGCGCUCCCUCACCGCGCGCCGCGGCCGGGACUGCGUGCACGCCUGCUGCAGCUCCAACGACUGCAAUCUGGCGCUGGUGGAAUUGCAGCCCGACGGCGGGGAGGACGCCAUCGUCUCCUGCUUCCUCAUCAACUGCCUCUACGAGCAGAACUUCGUGUGCAAGUUCGCGCCCAGGGAGGGUUUCAUCAACUACCUCACGCGGGAGGUUUACCGCUCCUACCGCGAGCUGCGGACCCAGGGCUUUAGAGGGUCCCGGAUCCCCAAGGCCUGGGACGGUACAGACUUGAAGGUACAGCCCCAGGAGCCCCUAGUGCUGAAGGAUGUGGAGACCACAGACUGGCGUCUGCUGCAGGGGGACACAGACAUCAGGGUCGAGAGGAGUGGUCCAGACCAGGUGGAGCUGUGGGGACUCAAAGAAGGCAGCUACCUGUUCCAGCUGAUGGCGGCCGGUUCAGACCAGCCAGAGAGCACGUCCAAUGUCACAGUCACUGUGCUGUCCCCUGAGCAGACGGAAGAAUACUGCCUUGCACCCAAGAAGGUGGGCCGCUGUCGUGGUUCCUUCCCUCGCUGGUACUACGACCCCACAGAACGGAUCUGCAAGAGUUUCGUUUAUGGAGGUUGCCUGGGCAACAAGAACAACUACCUUCGGGAAGAAGAGUGCAAGCUUGCCUGCCAUAAUGUGCAAGGUCCCUCAGCAGAAAGGCAUCAUCCAGUGUGUUCUGGCAGCUGCCACUCCAGCAAGUUCCGCUGCGGUGAUGGCUGCUGCAUCGACAGCUUCCUGGAGUGUGAUGACACUCCCGACUGCCCCGACGCCUCCGAUGAGGCCACCUGUGAGAAAUACACCAGAGACUUCGAUAAACUCCAGAGGAUCCAUUUCCCCAGGGACAAAGGGCACUGCAUAGACCUGCCAGACACGGGCCUCUGCUCAGAGAGCAUCCCCCGUUGGUACUACAACCCCUUCACUGAACACUGCGCCCGCUUUACCUAUGGCGGUUGUUAUGGCAACAAGAACAACUUUGAGGAGGAGGAGCAGUGCCUUGAGUCCUGUCGCGGCAUCUCCAAGAAGGAUGUGUUUGGUCUGCGGCGGGAAAGCCCCGUUGUUCCCAGCACAGGCUCCGUGGAGGUGGCCAUUGCAGUGCUCCUGGGUACCUGCAUCGUGGUGGUGGUCGCCAUUCUGGGCUACUGCUUCUUCAAGAACCAGAAAAAGGACUUCCACAGACACCGCCACCCCCCACCUUCCACCCCCACCAGCUCCAAGGUCUCCACCACUGAUGACAUGGAACACCUGGUCUAUUACCAAACAACUAGACCCCUCUGA